GACCCUGAACCUCCGAACUCUUUGCUCUGAUUCUUCAUUCAAUGGCGGCCAUGUUUUCGUCUUCAGAAAUGUCCAAAACAGCAUCUUCAUUAUUAUCCGCCUAUGCCUCCUUUGCAGGCUCCAUAAUGCUGGUCCGAUCCAUGGCCAAUGAACUCAUUCCCCACCCACUCCGAUCCUACCUUCUCAAAACAUGCCGCUACUUCUUCUCCCCUCUCUCCUCCGCCCUCACCCUCGCUAUCGACGAGCGAUGUGGGAUGGCCAAGAACCAAGUUUUCGAAGGAGCCAAACUGUAUCUCAGCACCAGGAUCAGCCCCAAGACGGAGCGGCUCAAAGUCAGCAAAACCAGGAAACAAAACCAUAUCACCAUCGCCAUCGACAAGGGGGAAACAGUGGUCGAUCGUUUCGAAGAUGUUCGACUGACGUGGAGGUUCGCUUGCGCAGAAGGCGAGAAGCCUCCCCAUGGGGAGAAAAGAUACUUCGAGCUCAUCUUCAACAAGAAACACAAAGACAAAGUUUUGAACUUUUACUUGCCUUACGUUUUGCUCAAAGCCGAGGAGAUCAAAAACAAAGACAAGGCGAUAAAGCUUUAUAGCCGUCAAUGUCCAUUCAGUGAAGAUGAGAAUGAAAGAAGGGGAUCUUGGGGUUCAAUAAUCCUCGAACAUCCAGCUACUUUUGAUACACUGGCUAUGGACCCAGAUCUGAAAAAGAUAAUCAUUGAUGAUUUGGAGAUGUUUUUGAAGAGGAAAGGGUAUUAUAAGAAAUUGGGUAAGGCUUGGAAAAGAGGCUACUUGCUGUAUGGUCCGCCUGGAACUGGGAAAUCCAGUUUGGUUGCCGCCAUGGCUAAUUAUCUCAGGUUUGAUAUAUAUGAUUUGGGGCUCACCAGUGUACACUCUGAUGCUGAGCUGAGGAGGACACUGCUGUCCACCAGUAAUCAGUCUAUACUCUUGAUUGAAGACAUUGAUUGCAGCUCUGAGGUUCUUAAACGACAAACCAGAACCAAAACCAAACAGCAUGAUGCUAAAUCUGGACAGUUGACACUAUCUGGUAUACUAAACUGCAUCGAUGGACUGUGGUCAAGCUGUGGGGAUGAGAGAAUCAUCGUGUUUACGACCAAUUACAAAGACCGAAUAGACCCAGCACUGUUGCGGCCGGGUCGGAUGGACUUGCACAUCAACAUGUCCUAUUGCACCACUGCUGGAUUCAGGGUUUUGGCUUCCAAUUAUCUGGGAAUCGGCACCAAAAACAACCCUUUCUUUGGAGAAAUUGAUGACUUGCUCAAAACCACAGAGGCCACACCAGCAGAGGUAGCUGAGGAAUUGAUGAGGACUAAUGAUGCUGAUGCUGCUCUUCAAGGCCUUGUUCACUUCCUCAAACGCAAGAGAGAUGAAUCCAAGAAUGGAGAAACUGAUUCUUCCUCCAUCACAAGAUUGAAUGAAAUAGUAUCGAGAGUUAAGAGAUUGAAAACGGAUGGUGAUCAAAACAAAACUUUGAUGCUGAGCAGAAAAAGAAUGGUGAAUGGAAGAAUCGGGUUGAGAAGAAUGUAAACGCUUCCUUUUUCUCUAUUGUCAAAUAACUGAUAGAAUUAAAAUAGCAAAAAUGAGCUCAAUACGAAUCACUGAAUUAGAAAAGAUUUUGGG